AUGAGGGUUUUCCAAAUUGUAUACAUUUUAAUAAUUUCCAAUUUGAUUUAUGCUACAAGUGGUGGAGGUGGUGGUGGUAAUACUCAUCAUUAUCAUAAAGAUGAUAACAGUAUUGCUGAUAAUACGAAUAACAACAAUAAUAAUAUCACCAAUGCUACGACUACAAGAACAGUCACAACUUCAACCAAAACUAAAACUCACACCGGUGGUGGUGUUGCUGGUAUAGGUGGAGUUUUGGGACAAGAUGGUUGGCUUUCUGGAGAUGGUGGGUUAAUGGCAGUAAUAAUCGGUGCUAUGUUGUUAUUAUGA